GUAUCUGUACUGCAUCGACCCCUUUUGUGCUUCUGGGGGAUGUUCUGGAUUGCCUGCCUUUAGAUCAAUGUGACAAAAUUUUCACUUUUGUGGAGAAGAAUGUUGCCACAUGGAAAUCGAAUACCUUUUACUCUGCAGGGAAAAAUUACUUGCUACGCAUGUGCAAUGACCUCCUAAGAAGAUUAUCUAAGUCCCAAAACACAGUCUUCUGUGGAAGAAUUCAGCUGUUCUUAGCGAGGUUAUUUCCGCUUUCAGAGAAGUCAGGGCUCAACUUGCAGAGUCAGUUUAACCUGGAAAAUGUCACUGUUUUCAAUACCAAUGAACAUGAGAGCACUCUGGGACAAAAGCACACUGAGGAGAGAGAAGAAGGAAUGGAUGUAGAAGAAGGUGAAAUGGGAGAUGAUGAGGCACCAACAAGUUG